CAAGCAAUAGCACCGAUUAACAAUGGGCGAUAACAUACCAACCACGGCAGCCGAAGGGCAAGCUCAGGGAAAGAAGCAAAUGAUCCUGAACGCAUUUGUUAUGAACACCCCGGGCCAUCUCUCUCCUGGCUUCUGGCGACACCCACGGAACAAGACGGAUCAGUACACAAAGCUCUCAUUCUGGACAGAUCUGGCACAACUCCUCGACAAGGCACAAUUCCAUGCCAUGUUCAUCGCGGAUACCCUUGGGCCAUACGAUGUAUACAAGGGUCCUGCGAACGUUGUGCCAGCUCUAGCAGCAGGCGCUCAGUUUCCAGUCAAUGAUCCACUAUACCUGGUUCCUGCAAUGACAGCCGUCACGAAGAACCUCAUUUUUGGUGUCACAGCUAGCCUGACGUAUGAGAAGCCUUAUGCGCUUGCUCGGCGUCUAUCUACAGUAGACCACCUUAGCGACGGCCGUGUUGCGUGGAACAUCGUCACAUCAUACCUUGACAGUGCAGCUCGCAACCAUGGCUUGAAGGAGCAAAUCCCCCACGACGAAAGAUAUGCCAUUGCUCAUGAGUACAUGGAAGUCCUGUACAAAUUGUGGGAGGGAAGUUUCCGAGAUGACGCGGUCGUCAAGGAUCGCGAGAAUGGCAUCUACAUCGCCGCCGAUGGCGUUGUCCAGAUACACCACAAGGGCAAAUUUUUCGAGGUGCCUGGUCCUCACUUCUGCGAGCCAUCUCCGCAACGAACACCGUUUCUCUUCCAGGCUGGAGUAUCUGAGGCUGGAAAUGGCUUCGGAGGAAAGCAUGGCGAAGCCAUCUUUGUCGGCGGCCAAACUCCAGAAGGUGUGAGGAAGACUGUCAACAAUAUUCGUGAGGUAGCAAGCAAAGAGGGAAGAGACCCAAACCACAUCAAAGUCAUCGUGGGAAUCAACAUCAUUGUCGCAGCAACGGAUGAAGAGGCCCGAGCCAAAAAAGAAAGCUAUCUGCAAUAUGCCGACCAAGAAGGUGCCUUGGCCCUCUUUGGAGGAUGGACCGGGGUUGAUCUCUCAGGCUAUACAGACGAUGAAGAUUUCCGCUUCACUAAUUCUCCGAGAUUGCAGUCUAUCAUCAGAAGAUGGUCAGACACUGUGCCUGGAACAGACAAUCUCCCAUGGACCAAGCGAAGAAUUGUCGAGUAUCUCAGCAUUGGCGGUCUCGGCGCAAAGGUAGUAGGCAGUCCGACAACAGUCGCCGACGAGCUGGAGAGAUGGAUUGAGGUUUCUGGAGUGGAUGGCUUCAACUUGGCCCACGUUACCAAUCCGGGUAGCUUCGAAGAUAUCAUCGAGUACCUUCUCCCUGAACUGCGGAGGCGAGGCGUAUUCCGAAGUGGUGUCGAGAAAGAGGGCGCAACAGCAAGAGAAGUUUUCAUCGGGUCCAAGAGACUGCCUGAAGACCACCCAGGAAGCUUAUUCAAGUGGCGAUCAGGCGAAAGCGCGCCGAGAUACCUCCAAAAAGAAGAUGAGAAGGCAGGUAGCAACUAA